AUGACGGCAACCUCUACUCCACGAUAUCCUCUAAUCUGUGCUGAAGUACAAGAUCCAAGGACACCUCCACUGCCUGCAAAAUCUGACCCGCCAUCAACGAAUGGCGACCUCAAUAAUACAGCGUCCAUGCGCGUGGUCCUCAAACCAGAACGUCGUGCUGAUUUUGCAUAUCGAUCACUUGCUAUACCGGCAUCUGUGGAUGAUCCUUCGAUCCGCUCGAGAUAUCGACCGUUCCUACUCCCCGAAGAUAUCCAACAGCAGGACUGGGUCAGCAGGCUGGAGCUUGCCACUGCGACCGAAUUGGCGUACAACGACUUAAGACUAACCGGUGAGAGGAUCAAGGUUUUGGUAUUAUACGGGAGUCUUCGUCAAAGGUCUUACUCGAAACUACUUGCCUUUGAAGUCUCCCGUAUCCUCUGGCGGCUCGGCUGCGAUGUACGGAUCUAUAAUCCGCAAGGUCUGCCUGUCAAAGACGAUGAACAACAUAAUCAUCCGAAGGUACAAGAAUUGCGGGAGCUCAGUCGCUGGAGCGAUGGGCAUUUCUGGGUGUCACCGGAGCAGCACGGUAAUCUCACCGCUGUCUUCAAAAACCAAAUCGACUGGAUCCCUCUCAGUACUGGAUCAGUGCGACCCACACAGGGACGCACCUUGGGAUUGGCAAUGGUCUCCGGCGGUUCCCAGUCUUUUAACACCGUCAACAGCCUUCGUGUCCUGGGCAGAUGGAUGCGGAUGUUCACCAUCCCCAACCAGUCGUCGGUUCCGCAGGCCUACACCUUGUUUACAGACAAGGAUGCGGAUGAGGGCGGGUCGAGGCUGAUGCCAGGAGGCAAUCGGGAUCGACUGGUGGAUUGCGCCGAGGAAUUUGUGAAAUAUACCGUCAUCAUGCGGCCACACUUUGCCUUGUUUAGUGACCGUUUUAGCGAACGAGAGCCGCUGGUCAGGAACUGA